AUGAAGGUUAUUGUCACUGGCGCCACGGGCUUCAUUGGCAGCCACAUCGUCGCUGCAUGCGUCGCGUCACCUGACAUUUCCUCCGUCAUCGUCCUCACCAGGCGGUCAGUGGUAGAGAACAGCAACCAUGAAGCCGUCAGGACCAGCCCCAAGGUGACAGAGAUCAUCCACGACGAUUUCAGCCAGUAUCCACCGUCGCUGCUGGAGCGUCUCAAUGGUGCUGGCGCUUGCAUAUGGGCGAUUGGAGGCAAAGUGUCGCAGUUUCCCGAUCUCGAGACUGCCAAACGCGUUGGCAUCGAGUAUACCCACGCCGCAGCGCAGGCCUUCCUCCAGCAUGUUGCGCCCACCCUGGACGCGGGCCAGAAGUUUUGCUUCGUGUAUUGCAGUGGCUGGGGGGCAGCAGAGGAUCAGAACAAGACGCUGUGGAUGAUGUCUGACACAAGGAGGAUAAAGGGCGCCGCUGAAAAAGGACUCUUCGAUAUCGCUCAGUCCAAUCCCGACAGCUUCCAAGUGUAUUGUUUACGCCCUGCUGCAGUGCUUCCGGCCUCUUGCAAGACCCUCUAUCCCGUCGCGGGGGCUCUCAUGCCGGCAGUCGUCGUGACGGACCUUGCCAAAGCAUUUGUCACCGUCGCAACCAAGGGAUAUCCGAAGCCGAUCGUUGAGAACUCGGAGAUCACCAAGCUGGCCAAGUGA